GAACCCAGUAUCCCCGGAGAGGCCGGACACCUGCUCUCUACACGGACACCCCUCUCCCGGUUCAUGUCCAAGUUCUCCGGAACUGGCGGCUGCAGAACGAAGUGCAAAACAAAACCAAGCGCUGACGUCCGCGGAGGAAGAACGCAGCAUUGACGUGUCCUCCGACUUACCCAAAGUAUACCCAGAGAACGAGUGGCAGCCGAGCAUGGCUACUGAACUCUACGACAAAAAAGAAACCUUAACUCUCCGAAAGAAGUACAUCGCAUCUUCUUGCAGGCUCUUUUUUCCAGAUGACCCUAUCAAGAUUGUCAGAGCUCAGGGGCAAUAUAUGUUUGACGAAAAGGGCAGAAAAUAUUUGGACUGUAUUAACAAUGUUGCUCAUGUUGGACAUUGUCACCCCGACGUCGUGAAAGCUGGAUAUAUGCAAAUGGAAAAAUUGAACACAAAUUCACGUUUUCUACAUGACAAUAUAGUCCACUAUGCAAAGAAACUGUCAGAGACACUACCACAGGAACUAUCAGUUUUCUAUUUUGUGAAUUCUGGUUCGGAGGCAAAUGAUCUUGCUCUCAGGCUGGCUCAACAAUAUACCCAACAUGAAGAUAUUGUUGUGUUAGACAAUGCUUACCAUGGACACCUCAAUUCAUUGAUAGAUAUCAGUCCUUAUAAAUUCCGAAGUCUAAGACCACAGAAGGAUUGGGUUCAUGUGGCACCUAUUCCUGAUACAUACCGAGGCAUGUUCAGGGAGGAUCACCCUGAUCCAGCCUUGGCUUAUGCAAAUGAAGUGAAAACUGUCAUUGAUGAAGUAAAGAAGAAAAAUCGUAAGAUUGCUGCAUUUUUUGCUGAAUCUUUACCAAGUGUGGCUGGUCAAAUAAUUCCACCUACAGGAUAUUUCCAGAAGGUUGCAGAACAUAUUCACAAAGCUGGAGGAUUGUUUGUUGCUGAUGAAAUCCAAGUUGGAUUUGGAAGAGUUGGAAAACAUUUUUGGGCAUUCCAACUACAAGGAGAUGAUUUUUUACCAGACAUUGUAACUAUGGGCAAACCUAUUGGAAAUGGACACCCAUUAGGUUGUGUGGUGACAACUAAAGAAAUCGCAAGUGCAUUUGCUGCAACCGGAGUGGAGCAUUUUAAUACAUUUGGAGGAAGUCCAGUAUCCUGUGCAAUUGGACUUGCAGUUUUGGAAGUCAUUGAGAAGGAAGACCUGUGUGGGAGUGCUACACAAGUUGGUACCUACUUAAUGAACCUACUAAAUGAACUGAAGGUCAAACACCCAAUCAUUGGAGAUGUCAGGGGUGUUGGUUUAUUUAUCGGAGCAGAGUUGGUGAAAGAUCGACAGAAGAGGACGCCUGCUACAGAGGAAGCCCAAUAUUUAAUUGCAAGGUUGAAAAAGGAAUUUAUCUUACUUAGCAAUGACGGACCAGAUAGAAACGUCCUGAAAUUCAAACCCCCAAUGUGCUUCACCAUGGAAGAUGCUCAAUAUCUAGUUGGAAAAAUUGACAUAAUACUUACUGAUUUGAAAGUGGCCAAUACGUGCAAAUCUGAAGUGAAUCAAAAGACUGAAUUUAUGGAUGCAGCAAUGAAGCCUACAUAAAUGCCAUAGCAUGAAGACAGGAUAUGGCCAUACUACUUUAGGAUCAUUUUUUCCUCGUCAGCAAACCCUAAUCAGUGUCAUUUCAAAUUUCUUUUCUAACUGAAACUUGGUUCAGCUGGUAAACCUGGAAAUUAAUUUUUACAUUCCCAAUUCCUGUAAUUCUUUUCCAGACAAGAUUGCACACUUUUUUGCCCCUACAAUAUUUUGAGACACCUUGUGCAGUCUAUCUUUCAUGUUUUCAGAACCAUCACAUCACCCUAUAAUCUGCAAUAUUCUAACAAAAAGACCCCAUACAAAAAUAAAAAUUGCUAUUACUCUCCAUUCCAAGCAACAACUCAAUCAAUCCAGUAAUCAUUUCAGUAUCACUGGGCUCACCUAUCUGUAUCAGUGUCCUAGAUUCCAAUCCAGGUACUGAAGUUUGAAUGUUAAUCUAGCCUAUGCAAGGUUGAAUACUGCACUAACAAACAUUACUGCUGCUGGACUGUUGGGACAUUAAAAGAUCUGUGACUUAAAAUGGAGAAAAGCCUCCUUUCCACCACUUCUCAUAUGGACCCCUUUCAUAUUUAAAAAUAGUAAAAUAUACAAAUAGGUGAAGAACACAAACCUUUUUAAAAAGUUCAUGAUUUUAUGUAGAAUACAGUUGCGCACAUAUCAAAAACCCAUUUCACUAAAAUGAUCUUUAUCAGAAACUGUUUCUGUAGUAAAGAACAAAAGUAAAAUUUAUUAAAUAGCAAAGCAGUUGCAUUGAAGUUAUUGAAUUAGCUUCUGCACUAGCUUUCAACUGCAGAUCCAUAGGAUUGUUUGUAAGUCAGUAAUAACACAAACAGUACCAUAUCAAAAAACGAAAGCUAAUCCUAUAAAAUGUGCUAGUGAUCCUAAUUUUCCAAAAACAGCUUGUACAAGCAGAUACCAGUUAAUGGUCCAGCAAUACACUCCAUCAAGUAGACAUGUAAAAUACUAACUCAAAACAGAAUGCCUUCGAUCUUCUUUAAUUUACAUCAAAUCAGAAGUAAACUGAAAUGAAUACAAAACAAAAUUCAUGCAACACAAAUACACAAAGGAACUUUUAU